AUGAUGGCCCCUGUUGAGACUACGGGCCGCUACAGCAAUAUUUCUCGUGGGAUAUCGGAUGAUCUACUCUUUCGCCUCUGCUGGCGUCGCCAGUCGUGCUCGUCAUGCCUAGCGGGUGACGUUGGUUGCAGCUGGUGCCCAAUAGUAAGUCUCGCUGCUUACUGUCUUCGAUCUGCGGAAUUGUUAUGGAAAGUAUACCUGUUUCCUAUUUUUAUUGCGAUUGUGAUCAUUCUUACUUCUUCUGCCUGCGUGCCCAACUCCGCACGGCUACCAAUCCUAGCACCCAUAGGCUCCUCCCACAUCUGUCCACUUGGUUUCGAGGAGAGAUGGGAACUUCGAACUCUUCCAUUUGGAUGCAAUGCUAGCUCCUUGACGGUAAUCUCUGUUGUUGUUUCAAUACUGGGGACUUUGGCAGCAAUCGCGACCGGGUUUGGGAUCACAUACCUUGCGAACAGCGUGCGGCGUCGCUGGACAGGAACAAAUCGCGGGAACUUGAAUGACCAAGGAGAAGGGUUGGCAUUCGGUACUUUGUUUUACAAGCUGCCUUUUGCACUGGUUAGAAUCUUUGGGAAAUGCCGCCAAAGAGAUGGACAGAGUCAACUUUUGGUAGAAGAAGCUCGAGACAAUGGGGAAACGAGACCUUUGCUAGAGUAG